CCGUCACGUCGCGUCUAGGCAGGCGUGCUCAUCAACCCUCAUCACCACAGCUCUGCGUACCUACCUACCUCUCGCAACCGAGUUUCCUAACAGCCUGACUAGUAUUCGAGCCGCUACCAGCUGUAAACAGAAGCUCUGUAUCAAGUCUUAUAACAAUUCAUCUCGAGAAACUACCAUUAGCCGAACUAUCGUUAUCCGCUACUCAUGUGCAAAUAGCUGACGCAGUCUCGCUCCUCCCGCAAUGCCUGCUCCUGGCGACCAACACAGUCGCAUAUCGAACCCGUUCGAGGAUGUAAAGCCCCGUGUAUCCGAAUACACCGCCCAAGAGAUUGCAACGCUGCAAACACGGCUUGAAAGACAACUAGGGCCCGAGUACUUGUCUGCUCGCGCAGGUCCCUCGGGGCAGAAGGUCCACUAUGUUGCUGCCGAGAAGGUCAUUGGGCUUGCCAACGAGGUCUUUGGCUUCAACGGGUGGUCGUCAUCGAUCCAGAACAUCCAGGUCGACUUUGUGGACGAGCACCCACAGACCCUCAAGAUCUCGCUUGGGCUGCAUGUCGUCGUGCGUGUGACCUUGCGGGAUGGGACAUUUCAUGAGGAUAUCGGCUACGGACACAUUGAGAAUUGCAAGGGCAAGGCUAUGGCUUUCGAGAAAGCAAAGAAGGAGGGGACCACAGAUGCCCUAAAAAGGGCGCUUAGGAACUUUGGCAAUGUGCUAGGCAACUGUGUCUAUGACAAGGCAUAUCUGGCCAAGGUGACCAAGCUCAAGGUCGAGCCGACCAAGUUUGACGAAUUGAACCUGCAUCGGCAUGCGGACUUUGCCAAGAAAGAUGUUGUUGCAGAACCCAGGUUGCCGCCCGUCAAGCCGGAGCCUUCAAAUACUGCUUCAGCGGCGCCACAUCCUCCAUUGCCACCCUUGCCAGAAGCAGAUUCUUUUGAUGAUUUGCUCGGAGAAUUUGACGAAGCCGACUUUUGCGUUGUAGAUGCAGAUGGCCAUCCGGACGAGGUCGUUCUCCCUGAGAAUUCACAUGCAUCGGGUAGUAGUGGCAACACCGGGGCGAGCACCACGAAUAGGGGGCCAGGGGCUCCGUCAGGCAACCAGUCAAACCAACAGCGGCCAAUGCAGCCAUCCUCACGAAUGAACUUGAAUGGUCCGGCCGGACGCCCUCAACCUCAAACCCCCAACCACCAAAUCAAUAGAUCAGGCCCUCAAAACGGUUCUAUUAACAAUCAACAGAAUAACCAUGGAAUGCGUCCUUCGCCGCACAUGGCAAACCAGGGCCGGCCACCUCCACCGCCGCAGAACAAUAACAACACUAGCAAUGGUACGGGCCCACAUCAGCGCCCUCUUGGUAACGGCCCGCAGCAAAACACGCCGCCGCCGAACAAUGGGGCCGCAACCGCUCCAAGCGGUGCAGAACCUGUGGCUUUCUUCUCGGCGCGUGCGGUUGCGAGGGUUCCGGAUGAUGCCUCCCUUCCACCGCCGCCAGGUACAGCGACACCUACGGCCUUGUUCAACCCGAAAGCAGAAAGUCCUUCGAUUCGCAAGACGCCAGGCAUUGAUCACUCGUCAUCGAGGCCAGUCUCAAGAACAGGCCAGCACGUUCCGGCUAAACCCGUUCAAGAUGGUGGAGGGCUUGCUAAUGACAAUCCCUCUAACAAUGCUGGAAAUGGCGUACAAAACCAGCCACAAAAGCCGCAGCCAUCGCAACAACGUGGAAGUAUUCUCAACCCUCAGUUUGACCAGUCCCGACGCAUUGGAGCUCCUGGCGGGGCUGCAAGUCCGCUCUCGAAUAGGAAUCAGUACAGGCCGCCCACCAUGAUGAAGAGGCCACCGCUGGCGGAUGUGCCCAAUGGGACCUCAAAUGGCAAUGGGACCCCUGGGGAUUCCAAAAGGAUGAAGCUUAAUUAGGGCCAAUCGUAACUCUGAGGAUGACGUGCCGGAGGGGGGGGGGGACAAUGGGAGGUUAUUAGACAAAUGAGUCAGUCUUUAUGUCGGGAUUAGGGCCACGACUGCGAGCCGUGACGAAUAAGUGUCUUUCAGAGGAUUGGGUUGCCAUCGAGGAGGAACAAACAAACGAACACUGUUGCGUUACGAAACUUUAGAGUCUGUUUUGCUUGUUUGGUGUUAGGAGUCUGGGGUUUUGUUGAUUAACUAAUAAAUGGUACAUGGUUCUGCGUUCACUGCAAGACUUGGGCCAGGAAAUUGCAGUGACAGGACAGAGA